UUUAAGGUGAGAAUUAUGUAUGAUAACAAGGGUUUUUACACAGAAGAGAUCUCUGCCAUGGUUCUCUCUAAGAUGAAGGAAACCGCUGAGGCAUACUUGUGAAACAAGGUCACCCAUGCUGUGGUCACUGUUCCUGCUUACUUUAAUGAUGCCCAGCGUCAGGCUGAAUGUGCAGGCCUGAAUGUGAUGAGGAUCAUUAAUGAGCCAACGGCUGCUGCUAUUGCUUACGGUUUGGACAAGAUGGAUGGUGAGAAAUACAUCCUGGUGAUGAACAUUGGUGGUGGUUCCUUUGAUGUGUCCCUCCUCACGAUUUACUGUGGUCUUGUCAAGGUUAUGGCCACAAAUGGAGACACUCACUUGGGAGGUGAAGACUUUGACCAGCGUUUCAUGGAGCACUUCAUCGAGCUGUACAUGAAGAAGACCGGCAAGGAUGUGCGCCAAAACAACCGUGCCGUUCAGAAGCUGCGUCGGGAAGUUAAGAGGGCCAAAAGAGUUCUGUCUUCACAACAUGAAGCACAUAUUGAGAUUGAGUCUUUCUCUGAAGGUGAAGAUUUCUCCAAGACCCUGACCAGUGCCAAGUUUGAGGAGCUAAACAUGGAUCUUUUCAGGUCCAUCCUGAUGCCUAUGCAGAAAGCUCUGGAAGAUGCUGCACUGGAGAAAUCUGACAUUGAUGAGAUCGUGCUGGUCGGUGGCUCCACUCAUAUUCCCAAGAUCCAGCAGCUGAUGAAGGAGUUUUUCGAUGGAAAGGAUCCCUUCACAGGCAUCAACCCUGAGGAGACUGUGGCCUACGGAGCUGCUGUUCAGGCUGGCUUGUUUUCCAGACAGGUUGAUAUAGGCGACCUGGUUCUUCUGGAUGUGUGCCCCCUGUCUCUGGGAGUUGAGACUGUUGGAGAAGUGAUGACCUAUCUGAUCCCCAGGAACACCGUGGUGCCAUUCAAGAAGUCUCAGAUCUUCUCCACGGCCUCUGACUACCAGCCAACUGUCACCAUCAAGGUCUAUGAAGGUGAUCACCCUCUGACCAAAGACAACCAUCUACUGGGUAACUUUGACCUGACCGGCAUUCCUCCAGCACCCCGUGGUGUCCCCCAGAUUGAGGUGACCUUUGAGAUUGAUGUCAACGGUAUCCUCCGUGUAACUGCUGAAGACAGGGGAACCGGCAACAAGAAAAAAAUCACCAUCACCAACAAUCAGAACCGUCUGACCCCAGAGGACAUUGAGAGGAUGGUGAAUGAUGGCCGGCAUUUCAUUGAAGAAGACAAGAAGUAGAAGCAGCGCAUCGAUGCCUACAACGAGCUGGAGAGCUAUGCCUACUCCCUGAAGAACCAGGUGGGAGAUAAAGAGAAGCUGGGCGGCAAGCUGUCUGCCAUUGACAAAGAAGCCAUCAAGAAGGCCGUGGAGGAGAAGAUUGAAUGGAUGGAGUUCUUCCCGGAAGCCAACACAGAAGUAUUCAAGGCCAAGAAGAAGGAGCUGGAGGAGGUUGUUCAGCCCAUUGUUGGCAAGCUCUAUGGCAACGCAGACGGACCACCUCCAGAGGAGGGUGAGGGCGAGCAGGACGAGAAGGACGAAUUGUAG